GUUCUAUGAUAUAUUUUAAACAUGGCGAAUAAUAUUUUUAAUAGAUUAUACCAAGCAUUUAAAACAUUUGAUCAAAUAAUUAAUAUUAUUUUAGGACGCAAUUUUCCAAAUAAUUUAUACGUGAUUGAAUGUAAUUCUGUAAAACAAGUACAAUCUAUUAAUUUUCCUGGGCAAUCUUUAAAAGAUAUGUUAAAUAAUACAAUUUUAUGGGCUGUACCUAAAAAACGGCGAACUAUCGAAAAGCGUCUUUGUCGAAGAUUUGGUAUUCCUGAAUUACAUUGGAAACCCCAUGUUCCUAAAACUAAUAUCUUAAUGUGUAGAAAAUGUGGUCAUGAUUAUGAAGCUGGUACUCUUUGUGGAUAUUGUUAUGAAAUAGUUAAAAAAGAAACAGAAAUAAUGCAACAAGCUAUACAAGACUCGUUAGGAUUAAAACCUGUGGAACAAGAUGUUAUAGUAUUAUAUGAAGGAGAAAAAGAACAAUAUGAAGAUAAUUUUUGGAAGAAACAAGACGAAGCACACAGAAUUAGAAGAAAUCAAUAUCAACAUUCUGGAGUAGACCAUUUAAUCAGACACCAAAUGAUAACAAUAUUAUUAUUCUGCGAAACUAGAAGAAGAAACUAA